AGUGACUACUUUGCUUAGUUUCAGGACAACUGGGCAGCAGGAUAACACAUGCCGAGCAAACAAGAUGCAAUCCUACAUUGACUAUGCAGCAAAAUGAGAAUAUUCUUGCAAAAGGAAAGUGCCAGAGAGGACAUUUUAAGAUUUGAAGGGGCGAGGAGUGACUUUAUGAAACUGCCGGCCGCCGACUGAAAGCUUGAGUGACAGCACGUUUUACCUGCAAUGGAACAAGAGAAACGGUUCGGAAAAUAUUGGCGAGAACACCUGUUUCCUGUUUGAUGGCGAUUUGCGCUCCGUCUGUCAGGAGUUCUGUGCUGUGUCGUAUGCUUGCAGAUAUUCUGCCUGAGUCGCUCCCAUGUGUCGUGAAUUUGUUUAAUGUAGUGCCGCAGUUCCCUGCUACUAUUUGUCACUUUUAAUCAAUUAAAAGCUACAAAUGCAUGGUGGCCUUCCCGGGAGUGAUGGUGGUGCAUACUAAGCGACUGUGUUGCUUCCUCAGGCCCUUUAGAGGCAUACCACAAGAUGUCUCCCUUUGCUUAAAAAGGCGCAUCGGUCUCCUCAUAUUACUUAACGAGGGAAUUCUCACCCUGUCCUUGCUUCUUAAUGUCAGCCAGGAAAUAAUCACUGCUCAGUGUUGUUUUGUGUGUGUGCCAUUUUUAACUCAAGAUGAUGGAGGAAAUUAUUUGUAUUUUUGUCUUGAAACUGCAGAGCAUGUCGCCACAGUUCUAAAAGUGUUUGGUGAUACCCAAAUCACAUCAAAGCUGAUUUAAAAAAAAAAAAAAAAAAAAAAAAAAAAUGAAAUUGGUGUGGCAUGGGACUUUUCAUAUUUUUGCUAUUUUUUGGUUUGCAAAUAUGUUCAAGUGAUGUUAAACAUUUUCAAAUCCCAAAAGUAUUUGUUUACAUUGUAUAAGUGAGUUGCAGCUCACUUUGUUUGGCAGUGAAGAUCAAAAAGGCUUAUUAAUUUUCAGCGGCAUGGCGUUCGGAUGUAAAUGGUGGCUUUAGCCUUCCAUCACAGCCCCGGUGUUUGUGAUGUGCAUUUAAUUGCCGCCGCUGUCUCAUUUGGCGUCGAGCGUUCUCACUGGCCCGUGAAGGACCUCGUCUAGUUAUUCCUUCAAAGCCCCGCUCCUCUUUUUAAUGAGACCUCGGGGGCUCAACUGGGCUUCGACAGGAAGGGAGGGAAAGGGCUUGACAAGCUCACAGAUCACUGAGCCCGGGCAAAAAAAAAAAGUCACAUAGGAAUUGAUUGCUCGUUUAAGUUUAAGGGUAAAAAAAAAAAAAUUGGGGUGAUAUGGGAAGACUGAGACAAAAAUAGAACAGCGGAAAUAACGCAAGUGGGAGAAAUAAGAGCUGGGUGGAAAACAUGAUACUGAUUGCUAUUGAUUAGGUGUGGAGCAUUUCCUUUGCUGGCUUCAAGUUGUUUCAACUGCUGCCGAGUGAAAAUGUAUUUCUCCAUUUUUCUGUGGCACUUAUCCUGUUCUGGCCGCAGUAUGCGGUUGAACAUUUGUGGAGAUGGUGAACCUGCGGUCCGUUGUGCAAGUCUGAAAACAAGAAAAAAAAAAGCCUCCCAAAACAGCCCGGUGCCACCAGGCGUCUAAACUGCUGGAAAAAAGGAGAAGCGAGGCUAACUCUUAGCUUAUCAUUCCAUUUCACAUCCAAAUACGGAGUCUGUAAUUCGGUGUUGACAACACGCAUAAUGAUUUGCACUCAUAAUUUUUGAUAAAUUGGAACAAUUCUCCGCUACGACGUUUCUCUUAGCCGAUGGAUGAUGUCAAAUCAAUCUUAAAACACUCCACAUCACACGAUCAUUUCCCCGGAUAAUCCUUUCGAGACAUCCGUUAAUCGGGCAGUUUCUCAAUUUGAAACGAAGAGAGGUGAAAUGCUCAUAAUAUUCGGUUCGAUUAUCGGUACAGCUUAUUUGAAAAUUCAUCUAGUCUCAAUUCUCAAGGCCUCUUUAUAUUCCCGCCCUGGCGCGGCCGACAACGCCCGCAUUGCGUCACGUGACCGACGCCCCUAUGGGCCACUUGACGGGCGCACGGCAAAAAUAUUUGCGGAGAUCAUCUCUCGUGAUUGGUCCGUUUAAGUCACGUGCUGUGAUGACGUCCUCGGCAUUCCUCUCGGUUCCACUUACCACCUACGUCGCCGCCUUCUUGAUCGAUUUUGCAGCAUAAUUAAACGCAUCAUCUGGUCAUCCAGGUCCGUUUGUUGGAGCAGACGCAGACGCUGUGUGUGUAACCUGCUUUACUUGGGAACAGAGAAAAGCUUUCAGUGCAGCACAGAAGCCAGACGAGAUGCCAAUUGGAUAUGAAGCUUGAAAGACUUAAGGUGAUUACCAUCUCUUUGCAUUGGCCGGGUGACCUCUGACGCGAGUUUGGGGUCACACUGCUGACGAGGGACAAUCACAAUUGAAGCAAUUGAAGGUCAAAACUACUUUGUUUUGAUUUCUGGUUAAACUGAAACAAAGCCAAUCUCUUGCCAGAAUUCCGUCUUUUAUUCACUUCAAUUUGAACGUUUCAGUGCUGUGUCACCUGAUCGUUCAGUUCUUGAUACAUACGCAUGUCCUCUCCAAUCUCACGAGAUUGUCGGUGUCCUCACGCAAUUCACGGUCAACGCGUAGCCCAAAACUGCUAGAGCCUCGCAGUCUGUUGCCCCCAAUUUGGGGAAUGAAGCUCCUUUUACGCUAAGACACAUUUAAAAAGUAGUGGAAAACAUGUUUGUUGAAGCAAACAUUCCAGGAAGACUAGAUUUAGAUUAUUUUUUUUUCCUGUAUUGGUUAUAAAAUCGUAUGAUUCUGUAUGAAUGUUGCCUAUUCUACGUGAAGCACUUUGACGAAACCUAUAUCUUAAGAGUCUUAUUUCCAACAAGUAUUUCUUUUGACUGUCCUUCAAAACAAAAGGACAGUUUUGCCCAUUAACUGUUUCAGCACAGUAUGUGGUUCGCUUUUGUUGUCUACGACUUUUUCCCCCUAGAAGGUGCUGCCUAGACACAUUUUAAAAAGAUGCAUAUUUAAUAUCAUCCUGUAUGCAGCGGGAUGCAGUUACUCUGCAAUUGCAAAGAAAAUAUUUUAUACCCUCACUUUUUGCUUUAUGUGUAUGGAUCAAUUGAUCAAAGAACAAUUUGCUGUUUUUCUUUUUUUUUUUUUUUUUUUUCCAAAAUCAAGGAUCAUACAUUUUGCAACACAGUUUAAUGAGCGCGACUAUUUGUUCUCUGAUUGACGCACUCCCUCCGUGUACCGUUGCAAAUGCACUUCAUCACCGGUUGGGGGGAAAGAAAACCUUUCAUCCGCUGGCUCCACCUCGCUAUUGAGCGAGCGAGGGCGUGUGGGACGCAACAAGCUCUUUAUUCGUUUCGGCGUGCUUCAAGCCAACAGUCUUCAAAAAAAAAAAAAACAUCAAAGCUUUUCCCGGAUUUUUGUGUGACAUCAACAACUGUCAUUCAAACACGGACGGACUGAUGAUGAUGGGGGAUUUUUCUUUUUUCUUUUGCGUCGGACGUGUUGAGCUCGUUGUUUCAGUGGAUCUUAAUCUCCCUAGGGAGCCACACUUGUUCUCUCUGGGAAGAGAUUUGCAAGCCUGAGCAGCGCACACAAAGGUUCCCGUCACCGCUGCUGGGAAUUUUCACCACAAACUGCUAGAGUCCGAUCAAUUGAGAAGUCACUUCGGAGUUAGUAGUAGUAGGUAAGAGAAGCAAAUAUGCUUCACACCUGUGAGUCAGCCUCCUUGCAAAACGAUGGACAGGAGCUCCAGAAGUCGAGUGAGCAAUCGUGGAACGAGAUCACGGCCGCUUUCGUCACCAGGACCAAAGUCCACGGUUUGAAGUUUAUGUUCUCGCCGCACAAAUCCAAGCUGCAGCGGGCGACCUGGGUCGUGGCCUUCUUGGUGUGCGUCGCCCUCCUCCUCACUUGGUCCAGGAACAGAAUCCUCUACCUUAUGUCCUACCCCGUUGUGACAAAGAUCUACAUUGUUUGGGCUCAGGACAUGUCCUUCCCGGCCGUCACCUUCUGCAACAAGAAUGUGUUUCGUGCGUCCGCUCUGACCAGAGAUGACCUGUAUCACAGCGGCUACUGGAUGGACCUCAUGUACGCCAACGGCACGGUGGUGGAGAGGAGCCUGGCCAUCCUGAAGGAGAGCCACAAGCAGGGUCUGCUGAGCCUGCUGGACUUCAGCGGCUACGCCCGGCCGCCCCGUUACCGCGUCGACACCACAGAGAUGAUCGCUCGCCUCGGACACCAGCUGGAGGACAUGCUGCUGGAGUGCAGGUUCCGCGGUGAGACCUGCUCCGCCAAGAACUUCAGCACUAUCUACACGCGCUACGGGAAAUGCUACACUUUCAACUCGGGUCAAGAUGGCAACCCCCUGCUGACCACCUUGAAAGGAGGCACGGGCAACGGCUUGGAGAUCAUGCUGGACAUUCAGCAAGAUGAAUAUCUUCCUGUGUGGGGGGAAACAGAUGAGACCUCCUACGAAGCGGGAAUCAAGGUUCAGAUCCACAGCCAGGACGAGCCGCCCUUCAUUGACCAGCUGGGAUUUGGCGUGGCCCCUGGUUUUCAAACUUUUGUGUCAUGUCAGCAGCAACUGCUUCAGUACCUCCCUCCGCCUUGGGGAGACUGUAAGUCGACUCCCAUCGACUCGGAGUUCUUCUCCACGUACAGCAUCACCGCCUGCCGCAUCGACUGCGAAACCCGCUACCUGCUGGAGAACUGCAACUGCAGAAUGGUCCACAUGCCGGGCACUUCCACUGUCUGCACACCCGAACAGUACAAAGACUGCGCCGAUCCAGCGUUAGACUUUUUGGUAGAGAAAGACAACGAUUACUGUGUGUGCCAGACCCCCUGCAACAUGACCCGCUAUGGCAAGGAGCUGUCCAUGGUGAAGAUCCCCAGUAAGGCAUCCGCUAAGUAUCUGGCUAAGAAAUUCAACAAAACCGAGCAGUAUAUCGGAGAAAACAUAUUGGUUUUGGACAUCUUCUUCGAAGCUCUGAACUACGAGAAGAUCGAGCAGAAGAAGGCCUACGAAAUUGCCGGGCUCCUCGGUGACAUCGGAGGGCAGAUGGGUCUGUUUAUAGGAGCCAGCGUGUUGACAAUACUGGAAAUAUUCGACUACUUGUACGAGGUGUUCAAGGACAAAGUUUUGGGUUACUGCAUGCGCAAGAAGCGACCGCAGCGCUGUCAGAGUGACAACCUGGAGUUUCCAGAGAACCCAAGCAGGCCUGGUGUCACGCCUAAUCAUGCCCCCAGAGCACCUGCGACACCCUCCGGAGUCACUCGGACAGUCUCGGAUUCACGCCGAACAUGUUACCUCGUCACCCGACUCUAGGCAACUUUGAGGAGUUUGCUUGUUGACAACCUGAUGUUUUUUUUUGUUGUUUUUUUUUUCUGGGAGGGCGGGACUUGACGGCAAACUGUGAAACAAUUGACGUAUUUAUCAGAGAAAAACAUACAAGGUUGAUGUGUAUAGUAGUUAGUUUAUCAAUGCCUCGAUGGAAAUAGAAUACGAUCAUUAUCACAAAAAACAACAACUUCCGAAACAGAACUCAGGUUUAAAUGCAUCAUAAUUUAUUCCCAUUUCUCAAAAUGUCACUUUUCAGUCCCAAUGUGUCCAAAAAGGAAGUGAAGUUGCUACGUGACCAGGAAGACAAACACGGGACCUGCUAUGUGUAGCAGCACUCCUGCAGCAUCUCCUCCAGAGUGGCCAGGGCAGAAGGAGUUGACUGAUUGUUGCCUUUUAGCUUCAAUCCAUCACAUCAAAUGUUCAUCAUUAAAAAGUGUGAUCAUUCACUGUGUGUACGCUAACGUCCCACUAGCUCAUCAUUUUUGUUUUGUUCUGGUUAUUGAGAGGGAAUGCUGAAAACAUGUUUCUUUGCCUUUCUUAAUGUCAAUUGUGUCUUAGCUCAACGGUACGAAGGAGUAUUAGGGCCAUGCUGAAAAGACGGAAAUGCUAAGAGUUAUCAGAAUAAAGUCAUAAUGCACGAAUAAAAUCCAUUUUUUUUGCCCCCAUGGAUAAAACGUAAUUUUUGGGGGAAAACAGUCAUGAUAUUUAAAAAAUUCUCACACAAAUGUCAACCAAUGCAACAGUCUCCCUCAAGACUAUAAUAAAAUAUUCAUCAUAGUAUCAAAGUUUCUUUCAAACGCAUUUACAAUUAAAAUCUCAUAAACGUGUAUUUUUGUAAAAUUAUGACUGGAUAAUUUGCAGUUACAAUUAUUUUCAUUCUAUUCCAACUUUAUUCUCUGAUUCCCACUUUUUCUUGUAUUUUUGUUAAUUAUGACAUGAUUUCUAUAAAACUGACUUUUUCCCAUAAAUGAUGACUCACUGUCCUUGUAAAAUGGAAGGAUGGUGACUAUUCUCAUAAAAAAAACACUCAUACUUUUUCAUAUUACAAUCUUAUUUCAGUAAAAUCACUUUAUUUUUCACUAUUUCAAGCAAAUUAUUUUUUUGUAAAAUUCUGACGUUUUCCUAAAAAAUAUGACUACUCUUAGGAAAUAAAAAACUUUCUCAUUAUAUGAAAAAAUUCCCUCCAUAAAAUUAUGACUAUCCUUGGAAGAUUAUAACUUGUAAAAAUGUAAAACAAAAUAUAUAUUUAUAUAUUUUGCAAUAUUACGAUAUUUUUUGACAUUUAUUGUCAUAGAAUUGUGACUUUAUGAUCGUUAAAAUACACAUUUCUGUAAUAUAUAUUUUUUGUGUGCAAAUUUACGACAUCCUUGUGAAGUUGGUGAUUGUUUCGGGGGGAGUUUAACGACUUGCAUAUCCAUUUUUCUUCGUAACAUAUGCCGGUAACCAGGCAAAGACUAUUUGCAUAUAAUUAUUUCACGAUCCCGAGUUUAUCAUAAGACUGAAAAGUUUUGUAGUGUAGCCCUCAAAGGCAGUACUCGCAAAACCGUUGAACCCUCAGUUCACUGGGAAAAAGAAACCCAAACCGAUUGUCGUAGGAACCCUCAAAGCCCUCAAAGCGCUUCAGUAGGCACAGCGACUGGAUCCCGUAGCGUCGAAGCGGCAGCCCGGUGGCGUUGAGCAGGCAGGACCCGUGGCUUCGAAAGAGUCAAAAAUCCGUUCGCGUCGAAAAAACCAGGUCCAGAACCCCCCCCCCAAAAAAACUCUCCUUUCCCCGCCGCAUCUCCCGCUCUUCCUCCCCACGACCCACCUCCUUCCCCCAAUCCCAUUGGACGCACCACCCCUUCAAUCAAUCGUUAAAACAAAAAAAACCCUGAAAUGUUCACAGACCCCUCGGAACGCAGGACACCCCAGUAUCCAUCCACACAAAGAACCAAACAAACUUUUAACUAGUUUUCACAACACCAAUUCAAACAAAUACAGUUCAAAACAUUUUAGUCAGUACACUACAUAGUAUUGGGACUUUUUUUUGUGACUUUACAGCGAUUUAUUGAUUUCAUUCUCUAAAUGACUGAGAUAUAAUGCAAAUGUAUUCUUGCAAAAAUUAAGAUUUUUUUUGUAUUAUACAGUAUAUAUGUAUUUUAUAUAUAACAGUUAAUUCCUGCAGAUUGAUGAGGGGGGGGGGGGGGAAAUUGCGCAAUCCUACGACUUUAUUGUCACAAAAGUACAAAUUCGAAGUCUCCAUGUGAAAGUGCAAAUGUAAUUCCCGUUUCCUUUCAGCGUUACUGUCGUUCUCGGUGUGGCCCCGAUACUUCUCCAUACGUCGAAUCAGCACGAUGCCUGGCGAUUAGUAAUCUAUUGUCUAUGGAAGCUCAGUUGAAGCGUGUAUAUAACCACAAUCGAUUGCCAUGAAGAAAUUCUAUACUACUCAUGUACAAAUACAGGUAUUUCUAGAUCUAGACAGACUGUUUCUCUGUUUGCUUUGACCACAGUGAUGUAGACCAUAAGUGUCUUGGUGAUUAGCACCAACGUGACUGAGAGUCAUCGACGUUUUGACGCGCGACACAAACGCAUUGUACAAUUCCACCGUUGUAUCCUGUUGUUAAUUCUUCUUCUUCUUAACUAUUCCAAAACAUGUAACGAGUCACAAAUGACACUUUUGUGAUGUAACAAUGAUCAAGUAUAAUAAAGCCGAUAUUUACCAAUCA